AUGGCCCCUGAGCAGGCUCACAAGGUGGUUGCGAGUUACAAACCUUCGAGGUUUGACAGAAAAAUCCUCCUCUGGACGGGGCGUUUCAAGACAGAAGAAGAGAUUCCUCCGAGGAUCCCGCCAGAGAUGCUGGACAAGGCAAGAAACAAAGCUCGAGUUAAAGCUUGUUACAUCAUGAUUGGCCUCUCAAUUGUUGCCUGUUUUGCAGUGAUUGCCUCAGCUAAAAAGGCUGCUGCACGCCACGAGUCCUUAACAAGCUGGAACCUGGCAAAGAAGGCCAAGUGGCGGAAAGAGGCCGCGCUGGCAGCAGAGUCGAAGACAAAGUAA